AUGGCCGGGAAGUCAGGUUUCUCGUCCUCAGGCCGCGGAAAGGCAUCCUUGGGCCUAGGCGGCAAAAGCGGCGCAAAGCGGCAUCGCAAGAUUCUUCGGGAUAAUAUUCAGGGCGUGACAAAGGGUUCCAUCCGACGAUUGGCUAGACGUGGAGGUGUGAAACGCAUCUCUGGCGGCAUCUACGAGGAAGUCAGAGGUGUUCUCAAGGGUUACCUGGAAAGCGUCUUGCGAGAUGUAGUCCUUUACACCGAGUAUCGCCAGGCAAAGACCGUCACCACCACCGACGUCAUUCACGCCCUUAGAAGAAGGGGAACACCCAUUUAUGGGUUCGACAGCAGCACAGAUCACCGUUCCGCUGCCAAGAAGCGAUGA